AUGGCACGAGGAAAAAUAUCAAUAGCACUAAUGUGCUCAUCAAAAUUUUAUAUAAUUUUAAUCAUCGCAAUUUCGGCAUUCCUCUGCUCAAAAGUUGGAGCCGCGGAUGGGUUACGAAAAAGAGACUAUACAAGAUUUUCUUAUUAUGCUGUAGAAGUUUUGAAAGAUUCCUUAAUAUCACCCAAAGAAAUAGCCACGCUAUUAAAUGUAACAUAUGAAGGACCAAUCGGUGAAUUAGAAAACCAUUACCUUUUUAGUUUUCCAAAAACAAUAUCAUCCGAGAAGAAACUCAAUAAACGUGGUUCAAGUUUAAAUAAUAUUGAACUAAGCGAAAGGGACGAUAGUGUAAUUAAAAGAUGGAAUAGUUUAAGACAUAAGCGCAGUCUUGCCAAGAGGUCGUUUCAAAUUGUAAACAAUAUCAUAUCGGUAGAAAAACAGAAAUUGCGUCGAUUACAUAAACGGAUACCUGCUCCACCGCAUAUCCCUGCACCAAACCCUGAAGAUCUCGCUAAUCAUCAAAAACCGUUAGAUGUAGAGAGUUUAGCAGCUUCUCUUGGCAUUUCCGAUCCUGGAUUUAAAUACCAAUGGCAUCUUGUAAGAUGUGAUAGUAUAACUGGCAAAGGUGUUGUUGUUGCCCUUGUUGAUGAUGGCUUAGAUAUGUAUAGUGAGGAUUUAAAGGAUAGUUACUUUGCAGAAGGUUCUUAUGACUUUAAUGAUCAUAAUCCAACGCCUAAGCCUAAGCUUUCUGAUGACCAACAUGGUACAAGAUGUGCUGGUGAAAUUGCCGCACAACGAAAUGAUGUCUGCGGAGUAGGAAUUGCAUGGGAUGCAAAAGUAUCCGGUAUACGAAUUUUGUCAGCAGAAAUAUCGGACGCUGAUGAAGCUGAAGCUCUCAAUUAUAAAUAUCAUCAGAAUCAUAUCUAUUCUUGUAGUUGGGGUCCUCCAGAUGAUGGUCAAUCAGUUGAGGCGCCCCAUGGAUUAAUUCUAAAGGCAAUGAUCAAUGGAAUUGAAAAUGGUCGUUCCGGCAAAGGAAGUCUCUAUGUUUUCGCUUCUGGUAACGGAGGAGCAAACGACGAUAAUUGUAAUUUCGACGGAUAUACUAAUAGCAUAUACACUAUCACUGUUGGUGCUGUUGAUCGAAAUGGUGGACAUCCUUUUUAUUCAGAAAGAUGUUCAGCAUUAUUAAUUACUACAUAUAGUAGUGGCAGUGGAAGCUAUAUUUAUACAACGGAUGUCGGUCAACGUGUGUGCUCUACUACACACGGUGGUACUUCAGCAGCUGCGCCAAUUGCUGCUGGAAUAUUUGCUCUUGUUUUGGAGGUUAGACCUGAUCUUACAUGGCGUGAUAUGCAAUACCUGGCUUUAACAAGUGCGGUGCCUUUUGACUUGGGAGAUGAUGAUUGGUCAAUGACAGCGGCUGGUCGCUACUUUAGUCAUAAAUUUGGAUAUGGAAAAAUUGAUGCAUACAAAAUUGUUCGAAACGCGAGAACAUUUAAGAAUUUAGAACCUCAAACGUCUAUAGAAACUGAGAUAAUCAAUAUCAAUCAACGUAUUCCAAUGGACGAUGAGGGAUUAUUAUCCUCGGUUGAAGUAUUUCAAAGUCAGCUCGAUAGUGUAAAUUUUUCUCGAUUAGAGCACGUGACUGUCACCGUAAAUAUUGAUCAUACUCGUCGUGGAGAUAUUGAGGUUGAUUUGAUAAGCCCUAAAUUGGUUCGGUCAAAAUUAGCCUUUCCGCGUAGAUUUGACGUGCACAGAGCAGGAUUGGAAAAUUGGACUUUCAUGAGUGUCAAGCAUUGGGAUGAGUCACCAGUUGGAGUUUGGACACUUCAAGUAAGAGAUCGCAAUAAUCCUAAUGAUUGGGGGGUUUUUAUCAAUUGGACAAUGAAAUUUUGGGGUGAAAAGAAGAAAGUGGGCGAAGUUCCUCUCCCGUCAUCUGCUACUCCAACAGCUUCAACAGUCACAAAAGUCUCAGAGCCAUCAACAACAUCAACAACACCUAGCGAAACAGCUUCAACGGAAACACCCUUGGAAGACACUAACACCGAUUCUGUUGUAAAAGUAAUAAAAAACUCCAACUGGCAUUAUGCUAUUAUCGGCAUGGGAACUGCUCUUGUUCUCGCUGGAUUAGUGUAUUAUGGCAAAAGAUGUUUCUGUGCUAAGAGGAAUAAAAAACGAGAAGGUUACGAAUUCGCUGUACUAUCGGAGGAUGAUGGACGUUUUGGAGACGAGGAUUUAAUCCCAUUAGGAAGUGGAAAACAACUCAUAACCUCACGUGAAAUAUUUGCCGCAUUUGGAGAUAGUGAUGAAGAGGAAGAUGACGAAAAAUCACAAGUAGUCUAUGAUAAUGUAUAUAUGGAUGCAUACAAAGACGAUGUACCAGAAGAAAUCAACGAAGAUGAAGAAACUAUUAUACAGGGAGAAGGUAGUGGAAGUGGUAGUACUACUAGUGUUGAGGGAGGAAAAGAGCAACAUCCAUUACAAACACCAUUAGCAGCCAAGAAACACGGAGAUAAUGACACAUAG